AAGAGGAAGUGCUUGCUGAAUGUCAACCAUUCCAAGAAGCAUGUAGCCUGCUGACCUGUGUUUUCUUCUCAUUUCACCUGGUUCGAUCAGUAUUCAGUUGCAGCUCUAUGGCUUGUUUUUUCAGGAGAAAGAUUGCUACUCAGCUGUCGAGGAUAUUUGGACAUAAGGAGGAUGUCUUCAUACCAGCUAUCUCUGCUAUUCCAGUUUCAAAGAAACAGAUAAGUCCCGACCUCAAGCUGUCUGUGAGUUCUCUUGUGAGUAAUGGCUUCCUCUCUUCUGACGGGGACUUCAAGACAACGACAGAGUCGCUGGCAAGACAGUUAAAGGCAGAUGAAGUGAUCGAAGAAGUCAUCCCUUCCCGUGGUGGAAUACAUUUCAGAAUAAAUAAAAUAAUACUCGCUAAGAAACUAUUAGAACAACUUCAUAAGGAUCCCCAGAGGUUUGGAGUCCAGAGUGAGAUUUUCAGAGGCGUCCAUGGGAGAAAAACACUAGUGGAGUUCAGCUCUCCCAACAUUGCAAAGAAGUUUCACGCAGGACACCUCCGUUCCACAAUAAUAGGAAACUUCAUUUCCAACCUGAAAGUGGCCUUGGGGAAUGAAGUCAUCAGGGUGAAUUAUUUAGGAGACUGGGGAAUGCAGUUUGGAUUGCUGGGAGCUGGCUUUCAGCGUUUGGGAUCUCAGGACAAACUCAGAGAUAAUCCCUUACAACACCUUUUCGAUGUGUACGUCCAUAUUAACAGGGAGGCUGAGAACGAUGAGUCCAUCCAGGAGGCUGCACGAGAAUUCUUCAGGCGUCUAGAAGAUGGGGAUGAACAGUCUUUGUCACUAUGGAAACAGUUUCGUGAAAUUACGGUGGACGAGUACAAACGUAUUUACAAGCGGUUAGGUGUUCACUUCGACCACUACAGCGGGGAGUCCUUUCACCAGAGCAAAACACAGGAUGUGCUGCAGCAACUCAGGGACCUCGGCCUGCUGAAAGUCACAGAGAAAGGGACUGGUGUCGUGGACGUCUCCCCAACAGGCGACAUGUCAAACUAUGCCAUAGUUCAGCGUAGCGAUGGCACCUCACUCUAUAUCACAAGAGAUAUUGCUGCUGCAUUAGACAGGAAAGAAAAAUAUGACUUCGAUGACAUGAUCUAUGUGACGGACAAAAGUCAAGGCGUUCAUUUCCGGCAGCUCUUCCAGAUCCUUCUGGCCAUGCAGCAUCCAUGGGCCGAGAGGUGUCGCCACGUGCCCUUCGGCCUUGUCCAGGGCAUGAGCACGCGGCGGGGGGAGGUGGUGUUUCUGGAGGACGUGCUGGACGAAGCACGGAACCGGAUGCUGAGGAACAUGAGCCAGAGCAGAACUACUAAAGACCUGGAUGACCCUGAGGACACUGCUGAGAAAGUGGGAAUCAGUGCUCUCAUAGUUCAGGACUUUAAGGGCCCCGUCACGUCCGAUUACAAGUUUGACUGGGACCGAGUGCUACAGUCACAGGGGGACACGGGGGUUUUCCUGCAGUACACACACGCACGCUUGCGCAGCUUGAUCCGAAUGUAUGACGGAGCAGAGGAGAGCAGCUGUGACCCAGUGCUUCUGCAAGAUAAGAGGAGCAUAUUGAUCUUCCAGCACCUCUUGCGGUAUGAUGAAGUGCUCCACCAGUGCGACCAAGAAUUACAACCCAGAUAUUUGGUCAACUUCCUCAUGACACUGUGCCACUUGGUGGCGUCUGCACACAAGGAAUUACCCGUAAAAGGGAGCCCGUCUGCUGUGGCCCAGGCUCGGCUGCAGUUGUUUGGUGGCGCUUGCACUGUGCUGGCCAAUGGCAUGGCUAUACUGGGGAUUGUGCCUGUUGAUAAAAUGUGACUGGAAAAAGUGUUUUUAAUAAAACAAAUAUAUAAA